GGGUGGUUGCUGGGGAAACGUUUGUGGGCGAAACUUCCGGUGUCGUGUUGCCGCCGCCCGCACCUGAAGACUCAGCUGUGUUUUUAGCUGAUCAGCUGGCAGGCUAGCACUAAUCACAUCGCUGCUGUUGCUGGAUACUAUUAUGGCUUUAAAAAGCUCGGGAACAACGUGUGCCGUUCGCGGAUGUACUUACAACCGGACAAAACUAAAUAAUUGGUUGAAAUCGGAGUGUUUUGACCAUAAACCAAAAAAGAAAAACGAGUGUUCGUGCCCGAAAUGGUACAGCUUCCAUCCACUGCCCAAUGACGACGACGAAGCUAAACGAAAUUGGCUGAAAAACCUCAACUUAAAACAUCCUCCGAAAUAUUGCUAUGUCUGUUCGUUUCACUUUGUGGACAAAACCCCAACGGAAGAAAACCCUUACCCAACCCUUUAUCUGGGUUAUGAGAAGCCACCCGAGAAGAAACGCAGAAGAGUUGUCAGGAUCGUUGACAGCGAAGUUGCAACAACAGACCAAGCUGAUGUUAUGGAUUUAGAGCAGCCUCAGACCUUCAAGGAUGCCCAAACACAGUGGAUGGACCCAGCUGUGGAGGACCAUACCUACUCUAAAGGAUCCAUCAUCACAUGUAACAUGGCCAUCACACCUGCCCCUGCCCCUCUGUCCAUUGCAGACGUUACACUGAAAGGUGAUACAGACUGUCUGCUUUACACGGGGAUUACUCUGCUAGUGUUCAACACUCUUGUUUCCUGUAUACAAGGUUUUGCGCCCCAGUCAUCAACAAUGCCAGUUCAAGACCAAGUUUUGUUGACACUUAUGAAGCUCAGACAGAACUUUGUUCUGGCUGACUUAGCGAGGCGCUUUGAAAUAUCAGCCAGUCAGGUCAGUAAAACAAUUAAGCAUUGGCUAGAUGUCCUUGCUGAGCACACCAAAGAUCUCAUUCCAUGGAUGCCCCGUGACACAAUCAGAUCAACGAUGCCACAGGUUUUUCUGCAACAUUUCCCUGAUGUAACUUGUAUCAUUGACUGCACAGAGAGUGUUCUGCAAAAAGCCAAAAACCUAAACUCGCGCUCAGAGUCUUACAGCCAUUACUAUGCAAGUAACACUGUUAAAUACCUUGUUGCCAUUGCUCCAUCAGGGAUGGUGAUGUUUAUUUCAGAGGCUUUUGGUGGAAAGUGUAGUGACAGGUAUAUUACACAGAACUCAGGGUUUCUCGAUAAUUUACGUCCUGGUGAUGUGGUGAUGGGGGACCGUGGGUUCACAAUUAGAGAUCUUGUUGAGGAAAGGAGGGUAAGGCUAGUCAUACCUGCGUUUACACGCAAACAAAGCCAAUUGACUCAUGAACAAGUGACUCAGAUGAGACGGAUAGCAAAUGUACGCAUUCAUGUGGAACGGGCUAUCCGGCGUCUCAAAGUGUACAAGAUCCUGUCACAAACUGUGCCAAUAAGCUUAGUUCCUAAAAUUGAUAACAUACUUCAGAUUUGUGCAGCUCUCGUGAAUCUGAGAGGAGAGCUUAUCUCCAGCAAGUAAUGUCUUACAUAGUCUUACACAACAUCUUGUAUAUGAAUACAUUUAUUUAUUUCUAUUAAUGAAUUGUUAUAUUACUUAAGUAAAGUUGUAUUUGUACUGCAAAUGUAUUUGAACCAUUGUUUGCAUCUCACAAAGUGAGACAUUACCAAGUGAUUAAUUACAAAGUUGGAGGUACUUGGGGCAGAGAUGUAGUUUCUUUCCUCCAAAAUCAUCAGCCAACCUGGGAAGCAUAUGUUGAAAAUAAAAUGUUUCCAGUUGCUCUACUUGUUUGUCAGUGUAAUCUUUGUCGAAUGGAAUGUCCAGUUCUAAAUGCUCCUUUGGUGUCCAGACAACCAGUUUGCAGCUCUGUAGACCUAAGCACACCAUAGCCACUUGCGUCUAAAAUAAUAGAAAAUACAUUUAAUUGGU